GGUAGCCCUAUAAAUCAAUCGCAUAGUCGUGUGAACCGUCGCGGUCACAGGAUGAGAGGAUGCGUGUCUUUAUACGCUAAAAUGGGUUUUGGAGUUGAAGUAUAUAUAGAUGUUUGACCCUUUAUUUGGUGUGGCUCAAGUACCUAGUGCGACAGCUAUUAGAAGGUCUGCCGCUUAAUAGUGUUUGCGUGUUCAUCAUUUUCACCAAUCUCAAAAGUGCAAGUGCUGGCUGGUGGCUUGGCCCUUGACGUAGAAAGUAAUAUAGGCUUUAAUGCGACCAUUCCUGUGCAAUUUUUCAGAACAGGUUCUCUGUACUGCAACUAGGGACUAGACUAUGUUCUGAUGGAAACAGAUGCCAAGCUGUAACCUGAAGGUGUAUGCCCAAAGGCCAUCUGUGCUAUUGCCAUUUGGGUCUCUUUCAUAUGUAAUCCUUGAAUCUGAUGCACCAAUGCAUGCCCUGGGUUUCAUGCUGGGCAAGGUAUGCAUGUAUUUCGCGGUUGGCUCAAGUGCGAAACCACACGCCCAAUGGUGUCCCAUCCGGUAUGAUUACUCUUCUCAUUGUUCUGUUAGGAAAUGCCUUUGGUCUCCACCACCGAGGCCCAGCUAAGUUUUGCUGGGAUGACGUCUUCAAGCCAAAUGCCAAAGUCUUCCAUCUUCACACGCCGAAGGUCGCUGGAUGUUCUGUGGUCGAAGAUUUGAGCCACUUUAUUGGCCGGAAGCAGAUCUAUUCAAAGGAAACCUGUUUCUCGCAGUCCCUGGAAGGAAGCUUCCAGGAUACAGUGGUGAUGGUGCGACGACCUCGAGAUCACGUCUUCGCCAUGUACCAGCAUUGCCACAAUUUUAUUAGUGGAAGCUUCAGAUGGGAGAUGCACAUUGUUAGACAAUUUCCAGGGAUGGAAGACCAUCACGUGCCGAGAAGCUUUAACAAAUGGGUGGCUGAGUGGCAACGAAGCCCACGCUUUGGGGACCAUCAUAUGCUUCUUGACAAAGACUUCUGCUAUUGUCCGUACAAUAUGCAAACCUCGAGAUUGGUGUGCAAAGAGUCUCAUCCGCGUGCGCACUCAUAUUGCUAUGAAAAACCUGACUUGGAUGAGGCAAUGAAGAACCUGAAGGCUGCCACACUGCUUGGGGUGGUUGAAGCGUAUCAUGAAUCCUUUUGUUUGUUCCAUGCGCACUUCUUGAGGUCGCUUCCGGAUUCUUGCAAGUGUGAAAGCCCUACUUGGAGUUCGUUCUCUCCGAGCGAUCAUCAUCACGGGUAUUCCUACAACCAGACGAUUGAAGACAUGCCACAGGAAACGAUCGAGAAAGUAGACGAAAUGACCACGGAGGACAUGAAACUCUAUAAGGCUGCAGUGAAGCGCUUCAUCGACGAGAUAGAAAAAGUUGAGCAGCACUUUGGAUCAAGGGUCCUGUGCAACAACCAGCGGCAAAACUUGCAGCAAAUGGCGGGUCUGGCAGGCUGAAACUCCAGCAACCUUGCAGAGCGCCAGGAGCCCCUUGUGCCUUGUGUAGGACAGUGUAGGAGGCAGAUAGCUGCAGCGUUGGGUGCAUACAAAAGGAAAGCAGCUACUGCAGCAGGCUGCAGCCUGCAGAAACU